AUGGCUCAACCUACCCAACUCGCAUGUGCGUCGCAUCUUAACAUUACAUGCAACCAGAAGGAGGUGACCGUCGUCGACGCCGCCCAAGGCCACACGGUCGCGACUCUGCCCACCCAGAACGUCUUCGAGCUGGGCUUCUCUCCCCUUGGUACCUACAUCAUCACCUGGCAGAGACCCACCAAGGACGAGAAUGGUGACGCCGUCAAGAACCUCAAGGUCUGGCGCACCCUCGGCGACGAUGCCGACCGCCAAGUCGUUGGCCAGUUCGUGCAGAAGAAUCAGACCGGCUGGAACUUGCAAUACACUCUGGACGAGGAGUUCUGUGCUCGUGCCGUCACCAACGAGGUGCACUUCUACAAGACGUCGGACUUGGGCACUGUCCACAACAAGCUGCGUGUCGAGGGUGUCCAAGACUUUGCUCUGUCCAAGGGUCGCAAUGCCAACAUUGCCGUCUUUGUGCCAGAGCGCAAGGGCAUGCCCGCCCAGGUCAAGGCCGACAAGGUCCAGCUUAAGUGGAAUAACGAGGGCACCAGCUUGAUUGUCCUGGCCCAGACCGAUGUCGACAAGACCAACAAGAGUUACUACGGCGAGACCAACAUGUACAUUCUUAGCUCCAGCGGCGCCUUUGAUUCGCGCAUCACCCUGGACAAGGAAGGUCCGAUUCACGACGUCUCCUGGUCGCCCAACUCCAAGGAAUUCGGCGUCGUCUACGGCUACAUGCCUGCGAAGACAACCAUCUUCAAUCAGCGUGCUGUUGCCCAGCACAGCUUCAACCUCGGUCCUCGCAACACCAUUAUUUUCUCUCCUCAUGGUCGCUUCGUCAUUGUCGCUGGUUUCGGCAACUUGGCUGGUACCAUGGACAUCUACGAUAUGGAGAAGAACUACCAAAAGGUCUCGACUAUCGAGGCCAGCAACGCCAGUAUUUGCGAGUGGUCUCCUGAUGGCCAGCACAUUCUGACCGCUACCACCAGCCCUCGUCUGCGUGUUGAUAACGGUAUUCGCAUGUGGCACGUCUCGGGUUCGUUCCUGUACAACGAGGAGAUGAGCGAACUUUACCACGUCACAUGGCGUCCCGAUUCCAUCGAGAAGCACCCUCUCGGUAACCCCCUUGCAAAUGUUCCUGCUCCCCACGCCUCUGCUGCCGCCCACCUGGCUACUAAGAAGGCCCCUUCCAAGCCCGUGGGUGCUUACAGACCUCCCGGUGCUCGCGGAUCAUCCACUCCUUUGCACUUCAAGCGCGAGGACGAAGGCGGUGCUGCUUUCAUCAACCAGGGCAUUUCCUCCGCUAACAUCGGUGCCAACGGUUUUGGAUCUCGCCCUAGAAGACGCGAGGUCCCUGGUGCCGAAACUGCCGACUCCUCUGCUUCUGGUGCCGCUCCCGGCGGUGGUGCUGCUCUCAAGAACAAGAAGAAGAGAGAGGCAAAGAAGGCCAAGGAGGCAGAGGCCAAGGCUUCUGGUCUUGCCCCUGAGGCUAACGGCGAUGGCCAACAGCGCAGAGAACGCAGUAGAUCAAAGUCUGGUCAACACGGUCCUGUGCGCGGUCAGUCUCACCGCGGUGAUGCCCCUGCCACCCCUGCAAAGCAAGCACCAGCACCCGCUGCUGCCCCUGAAGUCACUGUCAGCAGCCCGGCCGUCGAGUCCAGCCAAGAUAAGAAGGUUCGCGCUCUGCUGAAGAAGCUACGCGCCAUUGACGACUUGAAGAUGCGCCAAGCUGGUGGUGAGAAGUUGGAGAACACUCAAGUAUCCAAGAUCUCAACUGAGGAGGGUGUCCGUAAGGAGCUUUCUGCUCUUGGCUACAACGAGUAG